CCGCCUGCCAUGCAGGCUACAAAUGUGUGAGCCUGCUAUUGUUACAUUCAGUGGUGUAUACCAUUUUGCUACGAUCUAGCGCAUUGUUUACAGAGAAAGCAUCGAAUAGUUUCAAUUUUUCUAAAAAAAUCCAGUAUGAAAAUCUAUGUAAAACUACUUGGGAGUCAAGAAACAACUAUUGAGGUAAUACAUAAUACGGUAGAAUCACCUAAUAUUGUUAGAUUUCUUUUCGAUCAUGUAAUAAAAGUGAUUCAACUCAAAAAUUUAUGUAUGAUGAUUCCACUAUUAAAUCACUACAGGUAGAUCCUUUAGACGCAGUAUCAUCUGUGAAAAAGAAAAUAGAGCGAGAGUUAGACAUACCAUGUGAAUUACAAAGACUUGUCUUCAAAGGCAGUCCUUUGGCUGGUAAGAUGACAUUUCCUAUAUUUGUAUUCUGUUGUUGUAAUAAUGUCGUUCUCUUUUGUCAAGUUGUCAGCAUGAUAUUUGUCAUUCCAGAGUUCAUUCCAGCAGCUAAACCAUAUGCUAGAUGUUAUAGACCAAAGCAAAUUUGUGUUAUGCCAAGUAUCAAGCAAACUACAGUAGCAUAUCUCCAAUCAGGAGGAAAGAUAUAA